AUGGUCAGGGCAGAUCUUACACUACGACAUAUAAAGACACAAAGACCCAGGAGGAACUUUGUUGGUAAGUUGAGUAUUCAAAACCUAAAAGAAGCUGCAAAUAAACUAACCGAAAGAUGUGCAGACUUUGAGAAAGAAACCAAGAACCUAGAUAUUCAACAGAAAUGCGACUGGUUUGAGACUUCAAUCAAACUAGCAAAAAGUACCUGCACUAAUAAAGAAAAGAAGAAAAGCUAUUUAUCAAUAAAAACAAAAAAUCUACUCGAAGCAAGGAAACAAGUAAUCAGUUCCAGAGACACAGAGAAUCAUAGAAAACGCAUAUCAGAGCUGAGUAAAGAUAUAAAACAGAGUAUGAGAAGGGAUAGAAAACAAAACAGAAGAAAAAAAAUAGAAGAGCAAAUCAUUAGAACAGGAGGAACAAAAAAAGCAUAUAAAGAACUGUCAGAAUCAAAAGAUUGGGUUACAAAAGUUAGAAAUGAGAAAGGAAUAGAACAAAAUAGAAGAUCAGACAUAAAAGAUAUUGCUACAUCAUACUAUAAACAAUUAUAUGAGAACACACAAGAAGAACCUGGCAAAUUAAUAGUACUAAAUGAUGUUGAGGAUGAGAGCAUACCCUAUAUACUGCAACGAGAGGUAGAAGUAGCAUUACAGUCCCAAAGUAAACACAAAGCCCCAAGGCCAGAUGGCAUUGAAAAUGAAAUCCUAUUAAUGGCAAAAAAUGUCCUGUUACCAAUUAUCACGAAACUAUAA